AUGAAUCCAGCCUCAAGUCAACCCAUUCUUCCUCAUAGCACGGCGUUAGGUGCGCUUGAUGCCACCAUCCAACGGACAGAGUAUGCUCGCAUCUCCGUCGAUGACACCGACGACGACACCAUCAUCCUAGAUCUGUCGGGUGCUGGGCAUGGCAAUGCCUCCGAACUCAGCGAUAACGAUCAGGGCGCAAGGAGAUCAGCCGUUCAAUCUUUCGUUCCUCUUGUUGAUCUCACUACCUCGAUUACCUCUUCUCCCUCGCAACUUUCAACCAGUCCAGUCUAUGCUCUCGUAGAUAUUAUCGAUAUUAAGAGGAGUCCGGAAUGUUUUGAGUCAUUGCCUACGCAUGGAAUUGUGAUGAUUAUUAAAAGAGAAACCGCUCUAAUCAAUAUGCCAAGCUCCGCUCUUUGA